GUGGAAAGGAAACGAUGGAGGGAGAGACGAGCAUGGACCGCAAGCAAAAACUUCGACAGCUUCAUCAUCGUGAUGACGGAAAUCGAGAGGACGAAGGUCCUGCGGUACAGAGUUCAGCAACCCUAAAGUCUCAUUAAUUGCAUCAACGCCUUGUGUCACUCUGUUGUCAAACCAGUUGAACAAAUAUUACUGCCCGUGUGAACGACGACGCCAUGAACGACAGUGAUUCUUCUUGUUCCUUUCGCAGCGACGACGAUCGCGCUCUUGACAUUGACCUUCCAGCCGAGCCAAUGUCAUCCAACAACAAGGUUAUCCUAUCCUUUGAGGUUUCUCCUCCUUUUCUUCAAGACGGACAAGAGCAACAACGUUCCAGCAUGGAGGAGAACGAAAAUGACUGCGACAACAUGUCGGUGGAUUCGAGCCAUUCCCCCGAUCCUCCCUCGGUCAAGAAGUAUUUCAUGGAGGAAAACAAUUACGACGAUGACGACAGUUGCUGGUCAGCCAUAUCACCACCACUCUCCUCCUCCGACAGCGACAGCGACAGCGACAGCGACAGCGACAGUUCCUCUGCAUCGAUCGGAUCUUUUGAUUCUGAUGACUUUGAUGCUCGCGAGGACGAAAGAAUUCGCGAUGUGUACGAAGAAGUCAACAUCGAUUGGGAGCGUGAAAUCAUUGGGGCCAAUGACACGGAAACGCCACUCGUAGUCUUCGGACUUGAGAUAACCUUUUCUCAGGAAGAGUACGGUCUAGACUGUGCGCCCAACGCGAGUCUGUGGCCGACCUUACGCAAAAAGAUUGCUAUGGCCGAGAGGGCCGCUAGCAAGCGUUCAAGAGAGCUGCAACUGGGUCCCAUGAUCGAGUACGACAUGCGCUGCGUCGCUGAAAAAGCUGUUUAUGAUCGACAUUCGUUGGAGUUAGACAAGCCAUGGAAGGCAGCAAGGGAGGAGUUUGAAAGGAAGGAGGCAGAAAAACAGAAAGAGCAACGCAAGCUGGUCGAACAACGUGAAGCUGAAGAAGACCAGAUUUAUGAACAGAGAGGAAAACGAAGGAUUGCCCGAGAACGAAAGGAGUUUGACGAGUGGGAAGAAAUGGCAAGCGAGUUCCUGGACUGGCUAGAUGAAGCUCAUCUCGACCAUCUUUUUGAGGAGGAAUGGGGUCACUGCAAAUAGGUUCUUGUGUCCUUGACGAAAAGCAGAAGUCAGCCUUGAAUAGAAUACAAGCAAUAGCCACAAUCAACAUGGCGUAAUUAAGAAAUAGAAAUCAAUUUACAUGAUA